AUGGAGCUCCAUCUUCCACACAUUCUUGCUUUCCUUGCUUUUGCACUUGUGGUAAGCCAUGCUGCCUUGCCACCUGAAGUUUACUGGAACAGUGUUCUGCCUAACACGCCUAUGCCAAAAUCUGUCAGAGAUCUUCUACACCCAGACUUGAUGGAAGACAAAAGCACUUCUGUUGCUGUAGGGAAGGGUGGUGUUAAUGUUGAUGCAGGGAAAGGAAAGCCUGGAGGCGCCACCGUAAAUGUAGGAAAGGGUGGAGUGAAUGUCAAUUCUGGGAAAGGAAAGCCAGGCAAAGGCACCCAUGUCAGCGUGGGAGGCAAAGGUGUUGGUGUUAACACUGGUAAGCCUGGGAAGAGAACCAAAGUUGGUGUUGGCAAAGGCGGAGUAUCUGUGAGCACAGGACACAAGGGAAAGCCCGUACAUGUUGGGUUGCCAGAAAUCUACAGUGAGUUUUCAGUGAAACCAGGAUCGAUGGAAGCUGAGGUGAUGAAGGAUACGAUCCAGGAAUGUGAAAACCCUGGAAUUAGAGGAGAGGAGAAAUACUGCGCAACUUCACUAGAGUCAAUGAUUGACUUCAGCACUUCCAAUUUAGGAAAGAAUGUUAAGGCAAUCUCCACAGAAGUGGAAAACCAAACCCAGAUGCAAAAGUAUACAAUCAAGGCAGUAGAGAAGAUGGCAGGAGAGAAAUCUGUAGUGUGUCACAAGCAGAACUACGCAUACGCAGUCUUUUACUGCCAUGCAACACACACCACGAGGGCUUAUAGAGUUCGCUUGGAGGGUGCUGAUGGAACAAAGGCUAAAGCUGUAGCAGUGUGCCACACAGAUACAUCAGCAUGGAACCCAAAGCAUUUGGCUUUCCAGGUGCUCAACGUUAAACCAGGAACUGUACCAGUCUGCCAUUUCCUUCCUCAGGAUCAUGUUGUGUGGGUUCAAAACUAG